AUGCUGACAUCGUCCCUUGAAGCCGACUGGUGGCGACAAGCGGUAGUCUAUCAGAUCUAUCCUCGCUCAUUCGCUGACGCGAACGGUGACGGGAUCGGUGAUCUCAAGGGCAUCACUUCGAGAGUGGACUACCUGAGCGAAUUGGGUGUAGAUGCUGUCUGGCUCAGUCCUUUUUACCCCAGCGCUCUCAAGGAUGGCGGAUACGAUGUGGCCGACUACAGAAAUGUCGAUCCCCGCAUCGGAACCCUUGACGACUUUGACGAAAUGAUGGCCGCCCUCAACAAGGCGGGAAUCAAGGUCAUAGUCGACAUCGUGCCUAACCACACCAGCAACGACCACGAAUGGUUCAAAGAGGCGCUUGCCGCUGGGAAAGGGAGUGCUGCCAGGGAGCGAUAUAUCUUCAUGGAUGGCAAAGGCCCGAACAAAGACCAGCCUCCAACGGACUGGGAAUCUGUCUUUGGAGGUCCAGCCUGGUCGCCUUCCGGUCAGAACGACGGGCAAUGGUACUAUCAUUGGUUUGAUUCCUCUCAACCAGAUUUCAAUUGGAACAACGAGGAUGUCAAGGCAGAUUUCCUCAAGACGUUCAGAUUCUGGGGAGAUCGUGGCGUCUCUGGGUUCAGGAUCGAUGUCGCUCAUGGAUGUGCCAAGGACAUGUCUGGAGAGCUACCAAGCUACAAGGAAUUAGCAGAGAUGACAGCCAAAAAACUUUCCAAUGGUAACGCAGACCUGAUUCAUCCGAUCUAUGACCGGGACGAGGUGCAGGACAUUUACAAAACCUGGCGAAAGAUCUUCAACGAAUAUAGCCCGCCUUUGAUCGCCGUUGCAGAGUGCUGGGUCGCCGCGGACCGGAAACAUUUGUAUGCAUCGCCCGAUACGCUUGGUCAAGCGUUCUCCUUCGACAUCCUCUUGGACCAGUUUGACGCCGCCGCGUAUCGGAAGACGAUCGAUUUUCAACUGGAAGGUCUGAAAGAGUCCGGCAGCAGUUCCACCUGGGUCUUAUCCAACCAUGAUGUCAUUCGACAUGCCACAAGAUAUUCUCUCGACAUGCCAGUUGCUGAGUCUUCUGAUCUGCAAGCGCACAUUCCUAUCUACAACAUGCACCUUGCUAGUGGUUUCACUCAGCCCAAGACUGAUCCCGCCAGAGGUCUGCGAUGCGCAAGAGCGGCCACCAUGAUGAUUCUUGGUCUGCCCGGGUCCACCUAUCUGUAUCAAGGAGAGGAGUUGGGCCUACCCGAGGUAGCAAACAUCCCAGCCGCUGAGAGGCAAGAUCCCAACUUCUUUCGUACAGAAGGGCGUAUCAUUGGCAGAGACGGUUGCCGAGUUCCUUUGCCGUGGAACGAAAAGGGCAUACACCAUGGCUUCGGCGAAGGCAAAGAACCUCAUUUGCCUAUGCCAGAAUGGUGGGGCAAGCAUGCUGUGGACACGGCGUUAGAUAGACCUGACAGCACUCUCAACCUUUACCGCCGGGCGAUGGCAUUGCGCAAGGAUUUGCAGUGUGGCGAAGCACUUGAAUGGUUGGACAGUCCGGCAGAAGUGCUGCACUACAGGCGACCGAACGGGUGGGAAGUUGUUUUGAACGCUGGGGAGAGCGAUUAUAUUAUUCCUGAGGGCCGUACUGUAGUCUUGUCGAGCGGCGUGGCGGUUACGGAUCGGGUGCCUCCCGAGACAACCGUCUGGCUGACACCUAGCCCUAGCGUCUAG